AUGUACCUGCCGAACACGAACUCCUCUUCGCAGAUGAUGCAGUUCCCCUCUAAUCAAUCUCAGCAGCAGUUUUCUGCGAUUUCCUCCUACACCCCUCAGCAGCAGUUCAUCGUACAGCACCCACAGCAACAGGGUGUGUACCAGGCGCAAAAUCCGCAGCUUGUUCCUAUGAACAUACCAUCACAGUCUAACCAGCAGUACGUUGGUGGGCCGCCGGGCACGAUCUAUGAAGGCGGCGUUCAGGGAUCGAUGAACCAGUCGUCUCCUGACCAAAACGCUCUCCGCCACAACAGGACGCAGAUGGUUCCAGUUCCCUCCAACGAUGAGCGAUACCGAAAGCAGCUGAUUGUGAACUACCUCGCCCAGGACGUCAGCAGCGCCGACCUGCACACUCUCUUCGCGCGCUUUGGCCCUCUUGACGGCGCGCGCAUCAUCUUCGAUCGCCAGACCAGCAUGCCUCGCGGCUACGGCUUUGUUUACUUCCGCUACCCUGACAGCGCCAAGCAGGCUGUGGACACCAUGAACGGCUACGAGUUUCACGGAAAGCGCCUUAAGGUCGGGUACUCGACCAACCCACUCAACAUCAUCUCCAGUGCAUCCUCGAAUCAAUACCCUGCCGGACAGGUUAAGUAA